GUCCCGCACCGCUCGCAGAACAUCGGCAGGAUCAAGAUGGCCGCCGCGGUGCACGUACCGCAUGUUCCGCGCGACAUGCACAUGGCAGAGGCAAUUUCGGAUGAAUCAGAGCAGCGGAAGAUUGGCAGAAUGAACUCCACCAUACUCGACAAUUUUACCAAGCUGAAGGAUGGCAACGAUUCCGUGAGACUGAACGCCGGAGUUACGCUACUGAAUUACCUACGUCAACAUAAUGCGGAUCAGGAUGACAAGGAGUUGAAUUACGCGCUAGCUAGACUGGUGCGCACUCUGGGAUCCUCGAUGACUGACACCAGAAGAGGUGUCUAUAGCACCCUGACAGUCUUUCUGAUGAUGCAUCCCGACACGCCGGUGGAAAAACUCUUGUCCAUAAUGAACACCCAAUUGCAACCAGCUAGCAGUAAUGCUAAAGGAGAGAACGCCGACAUAUAUAUGGGUCGUAUACUGUUAUGCGGUGCUUUGAUAAGGUCCAAAUUACUCGUUCGCAACAGCGUCGAGAUGCAACAGCAGAUUACAGAGAUCUUAUUGAAUUCUGGUAAACAACGCAGUUAUCUGUCAUUCAUCUCUGUUACAUUUCUUAGCGAGUUUGUUGUUCAGCUUGAUAUUGAAUCUAUGAAGAAUGUUUGGCCAAUUAUUGAGAAGGAAAUUGGCAAGCCGUGGUCUGAACAAACUUUAGAUACAUUUUAUGUACUGCUUAUCAUUAGAGACAAACAUCCAUCACUGGUUAAUCACAAAUUUUUAAAGGAACACUUGGGUGUGAAGGAAAUUAUUACUAAGGAAUCUAUGGAAGACAUCGUUAAAGUGUUAACGGCAUUACCUAGAAUUAUAUCGUAUCAACACCCAGUGUUUAAACUAUUUUGUGAAAAGCUGGUAGCGACCGAAUUUGUGGCAGAUUUUUGGAAAGGCAUUGAUCAAAAAUUUGUAAAACCAUCAUGGACUGAUGAAUAUGUUGCUGUAGAAAUUUUACGACUGAUACUUCUUAAUGUUACGGAUAAAACUGUAAUUCCAUCAUUAUUAUCUCCAAAUCUUUUACAACACAUGUUAAAAAGAUUUUCCAAUUGUAAGAGGAACAAUAAUGAUGCAAUUUUAGUAGCCUUCAGAAAAGUUUUACAUUUAAUGGUGUCUGCUACAAAUGAUGAAGAUAUUAAGAUGAAGACACAGCUGAGUAUAUUGAAGAAGCUUAUAUUGCAUCCUGGUGAUUUGAUGAUAGAAAAGAAAACGGGUGUCAAGGUGAUUCAAAUAAUUACGGGAAAUCUGAAGAUUGAUGGUAUCAAGAAAUUGUGUCAAUUGUACAGAGACAUUAUAGAAAAUAAGAUGACUAAAGAAAAAGAAGGGAUAAAGGUAGAAUCAUGGACGAACGCCGAGAGAAGUUACACAGCACAGCUAUUAACAAAAUUAAUGGGUCGUCAAGAUACAUUGUUGGAUCAGGACUGGAGACUUGAACAACUGAUGUUUCUGUUCAAUUACGGACUAUGUGAAGUGUCGAAUGUUGGAAUAGAAUUAGCGCAACAAUUUAAAGAUUCUUUUUAUCGUGCUCUGGAUUAUAAAUUACCAAAGUUGGAUAAUGCACGGAAUCUAUUAAGUGCUCUCGUUCAUAAUUUAGAUUCAAAAUUGCAAUCCGAUACGAUACAAUUAAGAUCUCCAUUAAACAACACGGCAUCCGAUGCUUGGAAAAAAGUGAUAGCCUUGAUUGAAAACCUAGAGAAAAAUACAAAAAAUUUGGAAGCUUUACCGAUAUUUCAUACAAUGAAUUUACACAUGGGUCUGCAGUUAUUCUCAGAUCCUGAAACGGCGAUUAUGUCGAUCAAUGAACUUCAGUGUUGUUACGAGAGAUUAAGUAAAAAAUCCAAGGGACAGAAAAAGCUCAAUGUAGUUACGGAAGAAGAACCAGAAUGGGUCGAAGUAGUAGUGGAUCUUCUGUUAUCGCUUUUGUCUAAAAACGAUCAUUUGUUCCGUUCGUUAGUUGCUUGUGUAUUUCCACAUAUCUGUCCUUAUCUAACUCCAUCUGCAGUUCAUCAGAUAUUGGCUGUGUUAGAUAUAAAAAAUACUCGAAAAACACUUAUGACAAAGCGAAAUGAUGAUGAAGAUUCUUCAGGUAUUGAAAGCGAAUCAGAUAAUGGCGAGGAUGAAGAGGAUGAGAGUACUUCAAACAAUGAAGUUUUAUCGAAUAGUGAAUCCGAGUCUGACGAAAGUAAGGAUGAGGAUGAAAACGAGGAUGAGGAUGAAACGGAGACCGAUAAAUUGAGAAUGGCGCUGCAUCAAGUUUUGGGUAAUGCUGCAAUGCAAACCGACGACGAAGAUAUCGACGUAGAUGAGAUAGGCGAAGAAGAGGGCAAGCGAUUGGAUGAAUCAUUAGCGGCGGCUUUUAAACUCUUCCGAGAAAAUCGUCAAGCUCAUUCUAAGAAGCAGGGAAAAACGAGUCAGGCGUUGAUGCAUUUCAGGGCUCGUGUUAUAGAUUUGUUACAUAUUUAUUUAGAUAUUUGCCCGUCUAUGGCAGUCACUUUAGAUAUGAUCGUGCCGCUUUUUGCUCUACUGGAAUUCUGUAUAAAGGACCCACAUCAGGAACCACUCGCGCAUAGAAUUCGGACUUGCUUAAAAAAGUUAUCAACUGUGAAAAAGUUUAAAGAUACAACCGACGUCGACGACACUUUAUUAACAACAGUGUUGAAGGCUUUGAUCGAAAAAGGAGAGCGUUCUGCUUCAAUCUGUCAAGAGCUCAAUGAUAAAUUGGCAGAAUGCUGCACCUUCCUCGUGAGAUGCGCGCAACAGGCCAAUUUGUCUACCAAAAGUAUCGUAGAAAUUUAUGGUGAAAAUUUAACUGCGUUCUUUAAGAAAAGAGACUGCGUACUUUCGUCUAUGUUAUUUAAAGGCGUGUUACAAUUGUGUUGGGAAGAUAAUUGGCAGCUGGCGCUUCUACUGGUGGACUUUGCUUUUGACAGCAGUAUUCGAUACUUUCGUAGGAAUCAGGCGCUGGAGCUAUUAUUAAUUUUCUAUAACAAUAACCGACUGCUGAACAUGAAUACGAAAUAUGUCGACGUGAGAAUGAAAUUGGAAACGACGCUUUGCAAAAACGUCAUAGACACACUCGAGGAGAUAUGUGAUCUGAAUAAUGAUAAUGUCAGCGUACAGAAAAAAGUUCGUCAGAGAUUUAUUGGGCAUCUUUUGACGCUAUUGCGGAUCAUUCACGCGCGCCAUUUGCCGCAAGCGUGGGAUUGGCAAGCAGUUAAAACGGUAUUAACAAAGUACAGAAGUCGAAGUGCUCUUUUUGGAGAUGCGAAAAUUGCCUAUAACAAGCUGGCAACAGAGAUUGGAGUGCCUCUCAAUGUGUCAUCAAUGAAGAAUACUACGUUGAAUAGUUCCGGUAAUCCUGUUUCACAAAGUAAUGGCAAGCAAAGCAAUGUCGGAUCUCAAAAUGGAAAAGCAAGCAAUUCGGAAGAAGAGGAAAAAGAAGGAGAGGCUACACACGAUGAUCAAGAGCGGAAGAAACGAAGAAAAAAUAAAAGCAAACAAAGAGAUAAGCGAUUACUGAAGAAAGAAGCACGUGAAUUACGCGCGAAAGUUAUGUCUCAAGAUAUGGAGCUGUUUAAAUUUAGCAGUGUUAGUUUAGCGGAAAACGAAGACGCGACGGAAGUCAUUCAAAACGGGAAGUCGCACGACAAGUCUACGAACUCGUCACAGAAAAGAAACCAGACGACGGAAGACGGUCGCGAGCCUAAAAGAAGGAAAAGCACCAGUCGUACUUGAUACAACUUAUAAACUUGGAAGAAUAAAAAAUGAUAAAAUACGUACAUAAUAUGGAAAUUAGGAUGACUGUUUAGAACAUGCCUAUCCGCAUUUCAAAUUCUAACGGAAUAUUUUUAUAUGCGACAUAAGGUCUGUGCACACGUACAGCUAUGGUUAUUAUGUUAUAAUUAUUUUGUUUUUUUGUUUAACGAAAAACGAGUAAUAAGCGAUGCAUUAUUUAAAAAUUUACAUGUUGAUUUGAUUUUCUUUAUUUUUUUGAUCAAAUGUUAUGGAACUGAACAUAUAUAAAAGCAAACUAGAGAGUUUCAACAAUAAGUGUGGGAUUUAUUUUUUAAAUACUAAACAAACAAAAGUGUGAAGGUCUGCAAGAAGAGUGAAGGUGGCAUUUGGAUGAUAUAUCUGCUCUAUAACAGAAUAAAGAAAACCUUGAUUAUCUCAA